UCCGCGGCGGGCGGCCCGGUGGGCUCCGAGCGCGCUGAUGCUGCGCCGGGACCCGCCGCUGCCUGGCGGCCCAGGCAAUGAUGGGGCGGGCAGAGGCUCUGGGGGCUGCAGUUCAGUCGCCACGGAAGCUUUCCUCCUCCCUCCGGAACCAGCCCGACAGACGAAGUGCCCGCAUCUGCCACCGCCCUCCUCUCCCCCCCAGCUCCAGGCGAAGGGGGCGGGCUGCCAGUGGGGGGCCGAGAAAGCCAGGUAGAAGGAUGUACUCCGUGGAGAGCUCCUACCAUCCGGUGGACGAGCCCUCCCGGCAGGAGCAGUGCCCCGUUGGAGCGGAGCGGAGUCUGAAGGAAAUGGCCUUUCUGCCAAAGAAGGCUUUUCCGUGCCCUGCCAACUGCUGCCAUUUCUCCAGAGGGGAUCGCGCCGAACAUUAAAUCCUGCCACGGAACCAGCAGUUCCUCUUGCGAUGUGAUGUGCACAUGGAAGUGGAAUAUCACGUCUGUAGACUUUCUGUGGUCCUGCCUCUUGGCUUUGGGUCAAGGGAUUCAGACUCAAAAAAGGUUAAGAACGACUGCUAUAGACCCGGAGAAGAGGAGAGGCCGAAGAUCCAGCUCAGGGACUGCAACGGAACUCAGCAGGAAGAAGUGGAGUUUCAGAAACAAGAAAGCGGGGCUGGAUGUGACGGUGGCGUUGUGAGAGAGAAUGGAAGGGUGGGAGGGGGAGAGACAGAAAACGAGAGAAACGCUGGAUGUGAGACACACCCUGACCUGGGCAGGGGAUUGAGCCUGCAACCGAGGCAAGCAGAGGGAGUCAUGUGUUCAGGAUCACACAGACGCCAGCUGUUCAGAGUCUCAGAAAGUAAACAGCUCCCCUUGGAGGGGCACUGACGACGCUGGACCUCCCCCUGCCCACGCUCACCCCAAGGAGCUGCAGACUCCCCCCGAAAUCUCUGCCUGCAGGCCUCACACCAGGGGAACUUAACUCUGAACAUGGACACUGUCCCAUCCGACAUGUUGUCUUUGGCAACACUGCCACUACCAGCUGGGGUCAUUUCUCCCCCGAUGGCAGGGGCACCUACUGCCAUUGACCAAGGGGGGGCCCUGGGAGCUGAAGGACCCCCGGCUUCGGGGCCCGAGGGGGUGGCUGUCGGUCGGUCGCCACGGUGCGAGGGCACAUCCUCACCGGGGGGUCCUGCAGUGUCCGCGCCCUUCGGCGAGAGGACGACGGCCCCCUCCUCGUCGGGUCAGGGCUGUCCGGGAAGAAUCCGGAAUGUGCCCAGCUCGCCUCCUCCGGGCACCCGGAGGUCAGUCCUCCGCUAUCCCAGAAUGCCUCGCAUCCCGGAAGUGCCGCCUUCCCGGAAGUUCCCGGCUAGCUGGCCGAGCCGGAGCUCGCUGCAGCGCUGCCCGCCGCGGGGUAUGGUUCUGCGGUUUGGGUGACCGCAGGAGGCCCGACCCGGGGCCGGGGUGUGCGUCCGGAGGAGCUGGGCGGCGGGAUGAUGGAGGAGGAGGACCUGGAGUUCGUGGAGGAGCUGGAAGCGGUGCUGCAGCUCACGCCCGACGUGCAGCUCGCCAUCGAGCAGGUAUUUCCAAGCCAGGAUCCUCUAGAUCGAGCAGAUUUCAAUGCUGUGGAGUAUAUCAAUACCCUGUUCCCCACGGAGCAAUCUCUGGCAAACAUAGACGAAGUUGUGAACAAGAUUAGACUGAAAAUAAGGAGACUGGAUGACAAUAUUCGAACUGUUGUAAGAGGUCAAACAAAUGUGGGACAAGAUGGCAGGCAAGCACUUGAAGAGGCCCAGAAAGCGAUUCAGCAACUCUUCGGCAAAAUCAAAGAUAUCAAAGACAAAGCAGAAAAAUCAGAGCAAAUGGUUAAAGAAAUCACCCGUGAUAUUAAGCAGUUAGAUCAUGCCAAACGCCAUCUGACCACCUCAAUCACAACGCUGAACCACCUGCACAUGUUGGCAGGCGGCGUCGAUUCCCUCGAAGCCAUGACCAGGCGGAGGCAAUAUGGAGAAGUGGCUAAUCUUCUUCAGGGUGUGAUGAACGUUCUGGAGCACUUCCACAAGUACAUGGGAAUUCCACAGAUCCGGCAGCUUUCCGAAAGGGUGAAGGCUGCCCAGACUGAGUUAGGACAGCAAAUCCUGGCUGAUUUUGAAGAAGCAUUUCCUUCCCAGGGUACCAAGAGGCCAGGAGGACCCAGCAAUGUCCUACGAGAUGCAUGUCUGAUUGCUAAUAUUUUGGACCCCCGAAUCAAACAAGAAAUCAUUAAAAAGUUUAUUAAACAGCAUCUGUCAGAGUAUCUAGUCCUUUUUCAAGAAAACCAAGAUGUUGCCUGGCUGGACAAAAUCGACAGACGCUAUGCCUGGAUAAAACGCCAGCUUGUGGACUAUGAGGAGAAAUUCGGCCGAAUGUUUCCACGUGAGUGGUACAUGACCGAGAGGAUUGCAGUAGAGUUUUGCCACGUCACAAGGACAGAACUUGCCAAGAUUAUGCGGACCAGAGCUAAGGAAAUUGAAGUGAAAUUGCUUCUUUUUGCUAUUCAGAGAACAACUAACUUUGAGGGAUUUCUUGCAAAACGCUUCUCUGGCUGCACUCUGACAGAUGGUGCCCUGAAAAAACUCGAGUCUCCACCCCCAUCUACCAAUCCCUUCCUGGAAGAUGAGUCAACACCAGAGAUGGAGGAACUGGCCAUGGAGAAAGGAGAUGUAGAUCAACCAAAGAAGCCUAAAGCCCCAGACAAUCCAUUUCAUGGCAUUGUUUCCAAGUGUUUUGAGCCUCAUCUCUAUGUGUAUAUUGAGUCCCAGGACAAAAACCUCGGGGAGCUGAUAGAUCGAUUUGUGGCGGAUUUCAAAGCCCAGGGGCCACCUAAGCCCAACACUGAUGAAGGGGGUGCCGUGCUCCCCAGCUGUGCUGACCUCUUUGUGUACUACAAGAAGUGCAUGGUGCAGUGCUCUCAGCUCAGCACCGGGGAGCCAAUGAUCGCCCUGAGCACCAUUUUCCAGAAGUACCUCCGAGAAUAUGCCUGGAAAAUCCUCUCUGGCAACCUGCCCAAAACCACAAGCAGCAGUGGAGGGCUGACCAUCAGCAGCCUCCUCAAGGAAAAGGAGGGCUCCGAAGCAGCCAAGUUCACCCUGGAGGAGCUCUGCCUCAUCUGCAGCAUCCUGAGCACAGCAGAGUACUGUCUGGCCACUACCCAGCAGCUGGAAGAAAAACUCAAAGAAAAAGUUGAUGUAAGUCUGACUGAACGAAUCAAUCUGACUGGAGAAAUGGACACAUUCAGCACUGUCAUCUCGAACAGCAUCCAGUUGUUGGUUCAGGACCUGGAUGCUGCCUGUGACCCGGCCCUGACUGCCAUGAGCAAGAUGCAGUGGCAGAACGUGGAGCACGUUGGUGACCAGAGCCCCUAUGUCACCUCUGUCAUUCUUCACAUUAAGCAGAACGUGCCCAUCAUCCGUGACAACCUGGCUUCAACACGGAAAUACUUCACUCAGUUCUGCAUUAAAUUUGCAAACUCCUUCAUUCCCAAGUUCAUCACCCACCUCUUCAAGUGCAAGCCAAUUAGCAUGGUGGGAGCAGAACAGCUGCUGCUGGACACCCAUUCCCUGAAGAUGGUCCUGCUUGAUCUGCCUUCCAUUGGCUCCCAGGUGGUGAGGAAAGCGCCUGCCAGUUACACUAAGAUUGUUGUGAAAGGCAUGACCCGGGCGGAGAUGAUCCUCAAGGUAGUGAUGGCCCCUCAUGAACCCUCGGUGGUGUUUGUUGACAACUACAUCAAACUCCUUACAGACUGCAACACAGAAACCUUCCAGAAGAUACUGGACAUGAAGGGGCUGAAGAGGAGCGAGCAGAGCAGCAUGCUGGAGCUCUUCCGCCAGCGGCUCCCCACCCCGCCCGCAGGGCCCGAAGCCUCCAGCUCUCUGUCCCUGCUGGCUCCCACACCAGAGCAGGAGUCUUCUCGCAUCCGCAAACUGGAGAAGCUCAUUAAAAAGAGACUGUAGGGCGCCGGCCGGCGGCCCUCAGCGCCCGGCUCCUGGGAGCCCCACCCUCCCGUGCUCAGCCGGACUCUCAGAUGUCCAUCUGGAAACUUCCCGGGACUUUUGGGUUGCUAGUGUGUGUCUCCCAAGCCCUGUCUUACUUCCUGUCCUAAUCGGAAAAGCCCCGUCAGGGCCCGGUUAGCAGAAGGCAGUCUUGGUGGCUCUGGAUCCUGCAGCAGAGGCAGGCUGGGUGAGCGGCCUUGCCCUUCACUGUUGUUUCUGGGCUGUUCUCACUGGUCCGUUGUCACAGGCUCCGUAGCCUCCCUCCCUCUGCAGCCAUACCCUCUGGCCAGGGGCCCUCUUCCUCACAUGCACCCAUGCAGGCAGCUUCGGUGACCAAGCCUGGGUCUCCGCCUUCCUCCGUCGGCUGCUGUCUGAGGGGGCUCUGGGGCCCGGGUUCAUGCAGUGGCAGGUGCUGGGUAGGAAACCGGCCUUUCUUUGUGACGGAAAUGGAAGCAGGACUGCUCUUGCCUGUGAACCCCAGUUUGGGUACAUACUUUGCUUCUGGUACUUUUCGAUUGGCCAGGUUCUCCCUGUAUUCUCAUUUCUCACGCAUCUCCAGCUCGCUCUCUAUGUGCAUCCGAGAAGAUCCCCUGUGUCUCUCACCCAGGACGGCACGUGUCGGCCUUGGAAGCAGGUGCCCUCUGUGCCCUGGGCUCCUGGCCCAGCUGCGGGGCAGACCCAUGUCUGACGGAGAGAGUUCCAGGCUGGGCGCACUCACUGUUUGACAGAAGGUUAUUUCCUCCGUUUCUUUAUUCCUACUCUACGCCUGACUUCGAGGGGAGGAGUGGCCUUUUUCCUAGAAAAAUGUCCUAGGCUUUCUCCUUAGAUGAAGCUCGGGGGCAGCCCAGGCGGCCUCUAAUUCCUUUCCUGCCCCUCCAUGUUCAAAUCCAAAGUACGUUGCAGGAUCGCCUGAAAACAGCAGAGGCGAUGCGCAGUGCCAGAGUGAUGUGUUACUUUAUGACCAACGGAAAGACCCAGGUCCUGAGGAGCGGACACUUACCUUAACCCCCACCUCAGGCCACCCUGACCUGGCCCUACCGUCCUGCCCUCCACGCUCUGGGCCAGCGCAGCUUGCAGGAGAGGAUCGCCCCACAGGACUGUUUCAGUCUGCCCCUCACCCCGCGUCAGGAGGAAGGGUAACGGAGUUGCCCAGGUUCACCUGGUUCCUCCCGUCGACUGUGACCAUGGCCUCAGAGACCGUCGUCUCAGCGUUUGUUCAGGAAUUCUGAACGAGAUGUUGGCAGGGGGGGCGAGAGCGAAGGAGGACAGUGGAGCUUCUUACAGAGGAUGUCCACAUCAGGCCCCAGGAUAAAACUGGGACAGCAAAUAGCACUCAGGAGAGAGGACGUUUCCUAAAAAUUCAUGAAACUGCCUGGCUGGCUUGGCUCAGUGGUUGAACUUCGAUCUAUGAACCAGGAGCUCACGGUUCGAUUCCCAGUCAGGGCUCAUGCCCAGGUUGCGGGCUUGAUCCCCAGUGGGGGGCAUGCAGGAGGCAGCCAAUCAAUGAUUCUUUCUCAUUGUUAAUGUUUCUCUCUCUCUCUCUCUCUCUCUCUCUCUUCCUCUCUGAAGUCCAUUUUUUAAAAAAAAAUUCAUAAAACUUGUGAUAGCCGUCCAAUAGGAAACGUUAAGGUUUGAAAAUGUGACCAGAACCUGACUAUGUCUGCCCUUCUGUCUUCCCACUGUAACCACUGCAUCUGCCCCUUCCCCUCCAUCAGCCUCUCGCCCAGACUCCGCCUGUGGCCCAGCUUUCAUCCUGUGCCUCGUUUCUUCACCCGCUUCCAGCUGUUGUUGCUAGUGCGUCUUCACGUACUGAGCAGCUCAGACUCGAGAACACCGAGAAGGAAGUCAGUGAUGAAGGAAAGAGGUGUGGCCUCUGCUGAGCUCAACUAGAAAAAGAUGGCUAGAUAGGAAGAGUGCGGCUCAGUGGGCGGGUCUCGCGGUGCCCGCCGCUCCGGUGAAGCUCCACGGCAGCACUGAUGGAGGUCACGUUCUCUGCCGCGUGUGCAGGAAGGGGCAGCGGGCCCGUCUCAGACAGCAGUCACUUCAGCCGUCCGUCGUCCACCUGGGAAGCCGGGGAGCUGCUGCACCUGGUUCUUGUCUCGCUCGGUGUCUGCAGAUCCACACUUGUUGCUGGUUUGUUCACGGGGAGUCAUUUUCUGGGUGUCUCCGUAGUGGCGCUGAGAUGUCAAGCCCUGUGUUCCGCCGGUUGGUGGUCACAGCCAGGGAAGUUGCUUUCUUGAUUUAUUACGCUGUUGGUGAUCUCCAGGGAGUCCCCGGAUGUCAGCAGGAGUGUGUGGUAAAUGUCUCGUUGAUGGGGUCGGAGUGCUGCGUGUGCGUCCUGUGAGGACAGAGCACGUUUCUCAGCUGAGGGAAUGCACCCCAAUCCCUGGGGCUCGUGUUACAAACACAGACGCCGGGAGGUUCUCCAUGAGUAACUGUGGAGGGGCCACGGGUGUACACCACUGCAGUAGAGACACUUGCUUUACUGAACGGUUCCGGUGGCACAUUUUCAUAAACGUGUGAUUUUCCUGGCUCUCCAGGCAAGUGAGAUGCCUGUGCAAUUGACCUGAUGCCAACACGGUGGAGUUCCUUAGCUGGAGCCAGUAGGUAUCAUUUACACUUGUGUUGACAGGAGGGGCCAUGCCAGAAACUGCUGUCCCAUCCUGAUGAGGAUUCUUCCUGUUUUGAUGAGCCAACCCCAAAAGAAAGCUUAUCUGUUACUGUCACUUCCAAAUAUAAGGGAGCGAACAUUGGUAAAAACGGUAGCUAGCUGUUGUUAAGCUAAACUUAGGUACUGUUCGUUCCUCUGAUUUUCUGUAGCCCCUUAAAAAACUUUGAAGUCACUUUAGGUGGUUAAAAUAAAUAUCAGUAAUUUGUCAUUGAGAAAAAGUUCGCUGCUGCUCUUGUUAUGGACAGAAUUCCCGAGAGCUGGUUGGGCCAGGCCCAGGCUAGAGAAAGUUCGGUUUGGUCGUCACACGGAACCACACAGACAGGGCUGUUUUACCUCCGAGCUCAGCUGUGGCAUUGAGGCUGACUGCCGGCACUCCUCCCCUCCUGACAAAGAACCAGUCCUGGGACCUGCCCACCUCCCAGAAAAGGGUGCCCCCUCUCCCACGCCGAGGGUGACUCCUCAGGGUAACCAAACAGGACUGAGAGCACUGCCAGUGACCACGGUGACAGUUCCCCGGGCGAGCGACAGGUCUGAGACUGCAGCCCGAUGCCAGGGUGCCAGGGAGGUUCCACCGGCUCAUCCUGAGCUGCCAUCGGGCAAGGAAAAUUAGCUCCCUGUUUAUGGAAUGUUCGGGAAAAUGCCAAAAGCUCACAGCUGGGAGUGCAAUCCCCCUGCCUAGGAGGAGAAAUCAAAGUGCCGCGCUUGCUUGGGGGUGAAAGCGAGUGUCUCACGCUUGUCUGCGCCCCAGUGAGGCCCCUAAAAAUAAAACGAGCCAGCGCUGCAUCGGGCCACUUACUUCAACGAGGCCUGGGAGGGUACUGCUGCCUUUCACGCCGUAAAUAGACGUCUCCAGGCUCAUUCUAGUGGCUGUCAGCACAGACAGCCCCGGGCCUCGGCGUUCUGUACAGUUCUAUACCUGUGCGCGAUACCAGUUUCCUUAAAAUGGAGAGAUUGGUGUUUCGUGCAAAUAGCUUUCGUUUCCCCCAUCUGGAAGUAAUUUCUUGGUGCAUAUUGGAGCAUGAAAUACUGCAGUUAAUUAAAGCAUUACUGGUUGUCAUUUGCUAGGAUGUAUUUCCUUACUGUUGACAGAAAACAGAAUGGACUAUAGGAAAGAAUUAGCAAGCCCAGGAACCUGGGGCUCCCCCGGCCCCCCCCCCCCCCCCCGGCGUCUGCCCUUCUCCCCGGUGAGGCUGUGCCCCUUCCCUGACGCCUCAGGAAGCCGCGCACGAAACAUGCGUCCCUCGGCGAGGUCCCGGCACGUCCCGCCGAGGUGGAAACCUCUGUAACGAUGUAUAAAGCGCUCGGCUGCUGAUUUGGAAA